GCGGUUCUGGUGAGACCCAGCCGCUGGGAGCUGAGCGCACUGCUGGGUGGGCUGAGGGGUUGGCGGAGGCUUGGGAGACGGUGAAGUUUGGGCGACCGCUGGCAGUGCUGCGAUCGGGAGCCAGGCUCAAGCUCUGAGGUCGUAGGGGGGCGGGCCGCCGUCCGGACCCCCAAAGCCCGCAGCAGCCGUCUCGCAUCCUCUUGCCUGUGUUUAGGGUUUAAAGAUUUUAAAAUGUCAUCUAUGAAGCACCUAGUCUAUGCAGUUAUUCGUUUCCUUCGGGAACAAAGUCAGAUGGAUGCUUAUACUUCGGAUGAACAAGAAAGUUUGGAAGUUGCAAUUCAGUGCUUGGAGACAGUGUUUAAAAUCAGCGCAGAAGAUACACACCUAGCAGUGUCGCAGCCUUUAACAGAAAUGUUCACAAGUUCCUUCUGUAAGAAUGAGAUUCUGCCACUCUCAAACUCAGUGCCUGAAGAUGUGGGAAAAGCUGACCAGCUAAAAGAUGAAGGCAAUAACCACAUGAAAGAAGAAAAUUACGCUGCUGCAGUGGAUUGUUACACACAGGCAAUAGAACUGGAUCCAAAUAAUGCAGUUUAUUAUUGCAAUAGGGCUGCUGCUCAAAGUAAAUUAAGUCACUAUACAGAUGCAAUAAAGGAUUGUGAAAAAGCAAUAGCAAUUGAUUCAAAGUACAGCAAGGCCUAUGGGCGAAUGGGGCUGGCCCUCACUGCCAUGAAUAAAUUUGAAGAAGCAGUUACAAGUUAUCAAAAGGCAUUAGAUCUUGAUCCUGAAAAUGAUUCCUAUAAAUCAAAUCUGAAAAUAGCAGAACAGAAGUUAAGAGAGGUAUCUAGUCCUACAGGAACUGGAUUGAGCUUUGACAUGGCUAGCUUAAUAAACAAUCCAGCCUUCAUUAGUAUGGCAGCAAGUUUAAUGCAGAAUCCUCAAGUUCAACAGCUAAUGUCAGGAAUGAUGACAAAUGCCAUUGGAGGACCUGCUGCUGGAGUUGGGGGCCUAACUGACCUGUCUAGCCUCAUCCAAGCGGGACAGCAGUUUGCGCAGCAAAUACAGCAGCAGAAUCCUGAACUUAUAGAACAACUGAGAAAUCACAUUCGGAGCAGAUCAUUCAGCAGCAGCACUGAAGAACAUUCCUGAUUAGAGAAUAGGGGUCCUAGCCCAGUGUACAAAUGGUUUACGACUCUGAAUAUCUGCUGUAGAUAAUGGCCAAAACAAAACAACUAAAGGAUAAAUCCGUGUAGACAAUAGAUUUAGCACCAACAGACUUAAACAUAAUGAGACUCUUGUAAAAAAAAAUGACUGGUAGCCAUUUUAAGUGUUAGUAAUACACUAGACUGGGUUCCAUUUUCAAACCUCCACCAUAUUUGUAUAUUAUACCUAAUAGCAGAGUAUAUUUAUUGAGUGAUAGGGCUGUUUAUUGUUGAGCUCCAAAUUCCCUUAAGAAUAUUUUUUUUUGAACGGGGACAUCACCAAGAGGAAAGGUUUCUUAUGCUGGUUUAGGGUAAAUAUACUUCCACUAAGCAGCAUGUCUAGAGAGAAGAAAUUUGUUAUCUAGGUUUAGCUGUGAUAAUGUUAUGAAGUAAUGAAUAUAUAUCAUAGGGCCCAGUACCACCUUGAUUGCUGCUUGUUCUGAUGGAUGAAAGGGAAUCUUUAGAGCUGGUAGAAAACAGUCUUUGGUGGAAGGUAUGUUAUUUUGAAAAGAAAAAUUGAUGCUGUGAAUGUAUAGAUGAAGAUAGUAUGCUCAGGUUUUCUGCAUAGUUCUUUAUUAACCUUGCCUGCAAUUUGGUUAUUGAUAAUAUAAGCAUGAUAAAUUAUGCUAAGUACAUAAUAAAAUACAAUUAGAAAUCCUUAAUGGUACCAAUUAGGUCAGUUAUGUAACUAUUCAAUUUAAUAGCACAAUUUUCCCAGUGGUGACCUUACCAUGGAAACUCUCAUUUAACUACAUUUAAAUAAGUGAGUGGCUUGGCCCUAAUUAAGGAUUUUCUAAGUGACAUUUAAUUAUGUGCCCAUAAAUUCUGAUUUUCUAAGACUUAGUAAUUACUUGAUGGAUCCAAAAAACCUUUAUCCCUACCCUUCUUUGUUCAUGUAAUCCUCUGCUAUAUUUGACUUGGCAUGCCAUUUUUAUGCUUAACUUUAAUUUGAUGCAACUUAAAUAGAACAGGGGGCUUAAAGUAUUAUAUUGAAAUUAGUAUAUUAGUAGAGAGAAGUGGCAUUUGGUGGGCAGACCAUUCCAACUGGAAUCUAAUUCCAACUAGAAUCAUGAAAUUGGUAAAUUUGAGCAGGCACAUUAUUUAGUGUUGUGAAGGAAAACUGAAAAAGUAAUAUAGAAGUAAGUGGGUAACACUGAUAAUGACCAGGACCUUAAUAAAAUGGUUCUAAAAAACUAUGUGGUACCUUGACAUUUAAAUAUCAACUUUUCCUUUCUUUCCCUUUGUGAGAUCAGAAUAACAGUUCUGUUAAGAAUCACCUAAAGAACCCAUUAAAAAAGUAAUUAAAGGCCAA